AUGAGUGAUCAAGCAACUAUUAUUUCUGAUAUCUCUUGUAAGCAACAACAACAGCAGCUACUGCAGCAACAACAGCAACUACCACAGCAGCAGCAGCAGCUGUUACAACAACCGCAACAACAACAACAAGAGCAACAAUCGCAUGAUCAUCACGUGGAGAGUUAUCAUGCGUCUGCAGAAGGCGUACAGAAAGAUGAGAAGGGUUAUACUGUUGUUCCAGCAAGUGUUAGCUUUCGUGGUGUAAGCAUGAAGUUGGAUCUGAAAAUUGAUCAGAAAACGUUGGCCGCUGCAACAAAUUUCUCCAAGGUCGUAGAGGAAGCUGUUUCCACUCAUCUUUCAUCGUCGGUUAUACCGGUGGAAAACGAUGAAGUGGGCAGUUCACUGAUACCACACAUUCCACGUACAUCUGCAACAGCUAUUGCUCAGCCAUAUCACUCAGUAUCCUCAUUUACAGUUAUGGAAUCUCCUAAUAGUACCAAAGAUUCACCUAUUUGCGAUAGCUCGGUCGAGAGCAGUACUGCACUUUUGGGUAGAAAUGAAUUAUGUGAGCAAGUAAAUGAAGUAUGCAGUUCGACCGUGGAUGCAAGUCCAUUCUGCGAUACCGCUUGCUCACCUAUACAACUCGAAUUACAGACAAAAUUACCACAUGGCAUCAUGAACAGUUACAUAAAAUCUCCAGACGAUACACCUCCUGCUUCGUCGGAAGAGCAAAACAGAAUUGCUUCGACAUUAGUGAAAGAAGAACUGACCAAUUUGAUGGCUACUACUGCACCGGAUAACAUCUACCUUACACCAUGUGCGUCAACUUCAUCAGCUGAAAUAGAUGCUACUGCAUUUUCACCUCUGCUGACUAAAAGACGAAAGGAGAAGUCAACCACAGCAUCUCAUCUUUGUGAACAAAUUGAUCCGGAAAAGGGACAGUGUCGACAGCGAGCCAUUGUAAAUUAUCGAUACUGCAUUCGUCAUAUACUCCUUGAUCCAGAAGCACCUUACAUACAAUGUCAACAUCAACGUAAGCCGAAAAGCAAACGAGAUACCAAUUUGCUUUGCACGAAUGCGGUACGGAAAGACAAAGGAACAAUUUACUGCAGUACUCAUUUAAUCAUGAAUGGAUUAAUGGAACCAAGGAAGAAAAAAGCUAAAACAGGAGCAGUCAUUGUCGAGAGCAAAGAACUUACUUCUUCCUGUAGCAACAAUGUUUGGAAUCGGUCUGCAAUUACCGGGAAGUCGAGUAUUGAAGUUGCACUGUCACCAGCAUUAGUGGAUACAUACGAAGAUUUGAAUUGUACAUCUCGCUCAAUGGAACAAAGUUGUAUAAGGAAUGAUGGUAUUGUCUACAAUAAUGUUAUGAACAGUGCUGUGGUAGCUGUUGAUUCACUUACCAGCAAACGUACUGUGUAUCACUUUUCGAAAACAUCAGUAGCCAAUACUUUACCCAUGGAGGCAGGUAUCGUUACCGUGGCAACAGAAUCAAGGAAUGAAGCGACAGCAGCUUAUGAUAAUAAUGUUUCAAUUGAAGAUGAAUAUACUGGGCUACCGAAAUUACCUGUACAUAAAACUAUUAUGCCUCUUCCCAUUACAUCGUCUUAUGGCGGAGUGCGAUCAACAUAUGAAUGUCCUGUGCAAGCAACAACUAGUCAGGUGGUUCGUCGAAAUCUACCUCAGUUGUAUUCACGUACGACUUCUCAAGUUGUCACUCCAGCUGUUAUUAAAACGAGUGAUGGUGUACAAAUUCCAUGCGCCCAAACAACAGUUGUGAAACAGCGUGUAACAGCGAAUCUCAGCAAGCAACAUCCGCAGCUCGCUGCUAAGCUUCUUCAGGCACCAACAACAGCAGGGCAAAGCGUUGUAUCAUCAUUAUCGAGUGCUCCGAUACGAUCAAGUUUUCCAAAAAGUGUUAUUCCACCGUCACUAUUAGUUCCCGAAUCCCGUAAUUUAUUGCCCUCUGCAGCUCCUCGUCUAACUUCUCAUCAGGAACCUCCACGUUUUUAUAAGACACCUGAAGAUGAUAAAAUUAAAUUAAUCAUCAAACAGGAAAAAAGUGAUGUGCCCCAAAAGCCGAAAGUUAUACAGCUGAAGCAGAAGCGCAGGCGAAUGAAAAUGACGGGAAUUUAUCGGAAAAUACCUCAAGUUGAUCAAAUGUGCAGAGUUUUAGAAGAUCAGGAUUUCGAUCGUACUGAUCUUUUUCCUCGCGGACUUGAGCCAUCAGAUGAUGAAGACGAAGAAAAUGAUUAUCUUGAUCUCAGAUGGUCAGAAAUGGCCUGUAAUGCUGUAUCGGAUCCUGCGCCUCAGGGAGCACUGCAGGUCUAUUUAGUCAAAAAACAGAUCAGAUUAGACAAGAAUGCAUUAAUGAAAGAAGCAGUUACGAAUGCUCCGAUAAUGCAUGCUUGCAAACAGUACCCGAAUAGUGUCGGUGCUGCACUAGCCGAUCGUGCAUCCAAUUAUGGGACUGCUCCGAGCGCUGUAUUGAAUCAAAAAAAAUGUACUAUAACGAUUCUGAAAGGUGGUUCAUCCCCCGUUCAAUGCAUGAAUAACUGCCUUCCAUUCUCUAAUCACUGCGCGCAACACAUUUCUUAUAAUUUAAAUCAGAAGUUAUUCAGUUAUUGUGCUGAGCCGUGUUGCUCACAACCCGUUCUUUGUGUUGAUGCACCGAAGACAUUGAAAUUGUGUGUUCAUCAUUAUGAACUGAGGAAGAAGAAAAAGGCCGAGGAGGGAUUAGCACGAGAAAAGACUCAUCAGUCUUGGAAACAACAAACACCAAUAUGUUACGUCCAGCAGCAGCCCAUGCAGCAAUAUGACGGCGAUAUUCGUAUGAAUAUUCAACAUUCACAUUAUCAGUCUCAGGAUAUUGGAACAGAUCGAUUAAAUUCUGUUGGUGUGGGUGAUUUCUGCGAACUUGAAAUGGGUUCGGCUUCCAGUGGAAAUGAAUCAGAUGUAUAUUUGGCUUCAUUUGCUAAAGAUCUAGAAUUUAGUUUUGAUGGUAGGGAGAUAAAUGAUAUGUUGGCAAAUUUCAAUGUUCCUGAUGGAGAAGGUGCUGAUAUUUUACACGACCAACCACUUUCAGAUGGCGUGAAGGAUGAAUUCUUGCAACUACCAACAGAAUUUAAUGAAAUUGCUGGUGGUCAUAAUUGGCUUGACGUUGAGCAGUUCCUCAUUUCCGAAGGUGUCGACUUAUCCUCAUCAUCACAGUCGAGCAGUAUAUCCGCCGUUUCUGUGCCACACCCAUUAAGUCUAGCUAACGAUGGAGUAACGUUCUGCGAAUUCGCAUCAUCGCAUCAACCACGAAGCUAA